CACACCGCUUAUUCAUGACCACAUCCUCUUCCCAUCUCUUAUCUUCAACACUACAAUAAUAACAUUUUAUUAAAUAAUUACCCAUAUUCAAUAUAAAUAUAAACACAAUCUUACUUAGCUUAGUUAUUAUCUUUCUAUCCCAGUCAAACUUCCUUGCCUCACCUCAUCUCACAUCUACAACAAACAAUACAAUACAUCUUCAACUUCAACUUUCUCCACCUUCUCUCAAUUUCCCAAACCCUAAUACACAACCAAAAUUCAACUAAAAACGAAUUAAAAAGGGCAAUAUUCAUUUUUCCACCAUUUUUUCUUUUUCUUUUUCUUUUUUUAGGACAAAAGUGGAGAGCGAUAUGGAAUUCGACGACCAAGAGGAGCAGGACGAGGAAAUGGGCAUGCCGGAGCCGCCGCAUCCCCCGCCGCCGCCCAGUUACGACUCGGUCGGGAACUCCGCCAGGUCCAAAAUCGGCGCCGCCGAGGGGCGGAAAGGCGCGUUCGGCGCGGCGGCCGUGCGGUACCGAGAAUGCCAGAAGAACCACGCCGUGAGCUUCGGCGGCCACGCCGUCGACGGCUGCUGCGAGUUCAUGGCGGCCGGAGAGGACGGCACGCUGGAGGCCGUGAUUUGCGCCGCCUGCAACUGCCACCGGAAUUUCCACCGCAAGGAGAUGGACGGCGAGAUGAGCUCCUUCCACCACCGCCAGCCGCCGCCGCCGCCGCUGCACCACCACCAUCAAUUCUCCCCGUACUACCACCACCGCAUCCCGCAGCAUCCCCCCGGCGCCGGCUACCUCCACCACCCCCUGGCCACUCCGCCGAUGGCGCAGCACCGGCCUCUGGCCCUCCCGGCGGCGGCCUCCGGCGGCGGACUGAGCCGCGACGAAGAAGACAUGUCGAAUCCGAGCAGCAGCGGCGGCGGAGGUGGCGGCGGAGGAGGAUCGAAGAAACGGUUCCGAACGAAGUUCACGCAGGAACAGAAGGAUAAGAUGCUGGCAUUCGCGGAACAACUCGGUUGGAGAAUCCAGAAGCACGACGAAUCUGCUGUGGAACAGUUCUGCGCUGAGACUAAUGUGAAGCGAAACGUUCUCAAAGUUUGGAUGCACAAUAACAAGAACACUCUCGGUAAGAAACCCUAAUUUCCGAGAGAGAGUGCUGUGUGUGAAGGUAAACACUGAUCAUUGUAAUCUCAAAUUGAAUUAAUGGAGAUGAAGCUAGGGUUCUUCUUCCUUUUCAGUUUAUUCUAGUCUUGGCAAUUCAGGUAAGGACUAAGGACCAUGGAGUGAUUAAUUAAUUAAAGUGCGUGAUUAGGUUUACAUGUACUAUUACAUUAAUUGCCAAUUAAUUCUCCUUCAUUAGUUUGUCUGUAAAGAGAUCGAUCCAGACCGAAUAAAGACAAGGUAACCAAGAUUAUUAUGUUUUC